AUGGCUAAUUCAAGUCAUUCCUCAGUGACUGAGUUCAUCCUUGAAGGGUUAACAAAACGCCCAGAGCUUCAACUGCCACUCUUCCUCCUGUUCCUUGGAAUAUAUGUAGUCACAGUGCUGGGGAACCUGGGCAUGAUCCUCUUAAUUGCCAUCAGUUCUCAACUUCACUCUCCAAUGUAUUAUUUUCUGAGUCAUUUGUCAUUCAUUGAUGUCUGCUACUCCUCUGUCACUACUCCAAAGAUGCUGGUGAACUUUUUGUCAGAGAAGAACAUUAUCUCCUUUCUGGAGUGCAUGACCCAGCUUUAUUUCUUCCUAAUUUUUGUAAUUGCAGAAGGCUACCUUCUGACCGCUAUGGCAUAUGACCGUUAUGUUGCAAUCUGUAACCCACUGCAUUACAAAACUAUCAUGUCCCAUAGGGUCUGUUCCAUAAUGAUGGCUGUGGUAUAUUCACUGGGUUUAUUUGGGGCCACAGUCCAUACUACCUGCAUGUCAGUGCUGUCCUUCUGUGGGUCUCAUAUUGUCAGUCAUUAUUUUUGUGAUAUUCUCCCCUUGUUGACUCUCUCUUGCUCCAGCACCCACAUCAAUGAGAUACUGUUAUUUAUUAUUGGAGGAGUUAAUACUUUAGCACCUACGCUGGCUAUAUUCAUUUCUUAUGCUUUGAUCUUUUCUAGCAUCCUUCGUAUUUGCUCCACAGAGGGAAAGUCCAAAGCCUUUGGCACUUGUAGCUCUCAUAUCAUGGCCGUGGGUACCUUUUUUGGGUCAAUAACAUUAUACUUCAAGCCCCCUUCUAACAAUAUUAUGGAACAAGACAAGGUAUCCUCAGUAUUCUAUACCACAGUGAUCCCCAUGCUGAAUCCCCUGGUCUACAGCCUGAGGAACAAAGAUGUGAAGAAUGCACUGGGGAAGGUGAUUGGGGGAAGGCAGUCAUCCUCACAAAGGGGAUUCUCAUAA